GAUUCACAAAUCACAACGGUACACAUGUAGAAGCACAGUGAACAACAUCCGCGAUGCGUUAUCGUCUUCUUCGAGCACAAGUCAAUUGACUCUGCACAACUAACUCGACCGUUAGGUGAGCCGCGAAGAGUAUUUCUUCCCGUCGAAACCGAAGCGAACACUCAGUCUCCGCCGCCGACGACUGCAACGAUGAUGACGAACAUGUACGGGCCCUACACUCUCUUCGACUUGGGACUCACCGAUCCCGCCAUCAUCGAGUCUCUCAACCUUUACAACCAUCCGCAGGUUACCGCCGGCGGUUUUCCCGGACUUGGAGCUCUGACGGGGCUAUCCUCUGGUAAUAGGGAUGCGAGUCCACCGAGGCACCGCCACGACGGCACUUCGCCGCUUCCCCUGGGCAUGGACUGGAGUCCUCCACCUCGUGUUUGGGAUGGACAAAACAGUGUGUGGCCUCAUGACUUUCACACAGGAUGGAGUUAUUGCGUUACAAUACCUUCUUGGAAACUAUCGUCAGAGUCCAGUGCUUCAGAAUCUGUGGUGCUUUACGAGGUUCUUGUCGGAAUACAAUCACCACAAGGAAUUACAACUACAAGGGGAAUACAACGAAGAUUUAGUGAUUUUAUAACUCUAUCUUAUGAUAUGUGUUUGACUAAACUUGAUAUUAAGAGAUCUCCAAUCUUGUCUUUUCUGCAGCUAAGAAAGGAAUUCCCCAACAAGAAGCUGCCACCAGCACCUCGGAGGGGGCUAUUGAGGAUAAAAAGCAAUGACCUACUGGAAGAACGUAGGCGCUUAUUGGAGGAUUGGAUGACGGAGGUGCUCUCCGACAUUGACUUCUCUAGAAGUCUUUCGGUAGCAAUCUUUAUUGAGCUAGAAGCAGCAGUAAGGUCAUCAUUUAAUGAGUCAAAUAAUAAUGUUCCCGAUGAAGGUUCGCCUAUCAGUGGCGUAGUUCAAUCAGUUGAAUUUCCAAAUAUCCCAAACAAUAAUUGGACUACUUCUUCACCCGAACUCCCUAAUGUUGCUGGAGCUUUAGAAACACUAGAUGAACCACCGGACUUGAAUAUACAAUCAACAAAGGUUAAAGAUCUGGAAACUGAAGCUGAAAGUGCAGAACAGAGCAGUGAAGGAAAUAUGCAGCAACCUGUUUUAACCGAGAAGGAACAGCUUACCAAAAUGCUAGGGGAUAUGGAUGAGCUUAGAAGGAAGUGUUUGGAGACAGAGGCAAGCCUAAAGGCUGAACAGGAUAAAAAGCUUCAAGCAGUGUCAGCAAACUGUUUCCUCCUUCAGGAGAAUGAAAAAUUGCGACAAGAAUUGGAUGCUGCUCACCAGCAGCUUGAGAACUUGCAAAAACAUAAAGAGUCAGACCUGGACUCAAAAACUGAUCUAGAACUACUUGUUAAGGAGGUUGAAUCUCUUAGAAGUUCAAAUUCAGAAUUGACUCGGGAGCUCAGCAUUUUGACCAAACAGAAGACAGAAGUGGAAGCAAUUUUGCACGAGGAAAGGCAAAGUAGGGAACAAACAGAUGCUGUCAACGCUAAGCUGCUGCAACAGUGCAUGAUUCUUCGCACCAGACUUGAAGAAUGCAGUGUUAAUUUCCAAAUUGACAGUGAAAACAAACUGAUCAUGGACACACCAACCCCUUCUGAUCCCAUUGAUACAUUGGUUACAUCGGAUAAUCGAAUAGGCCUUCUCCUUGCAGAAGUGGAGCUUCUAGCACAAGAUGUUGAAACUUCUGUUGCCACUUCCAAUGGUGACAAUUCAAGGACAAGAAACACUGAACUUAGAAAAGUUCUUACAGAUUUGCUCACUGACAGUGCCAGGUUGAGGAAACAGGUGAAUAGCGUAAUUCGCUGUGCUCUUUCUCCACCUACGAGAUCUGAGAAAGACGAGGAGGAGAGUACCCCAAGGAAAACUGCUCCUCACUCGGAAGAAUGAAGUGUUCAAAGACGGAGGAAGCCAAGCCUUGUUAUUCCACCAGAGAUGUCAGUUUGUCGCAUUCCUAGUUUUGAGCUGCAGCCUUCGAGUUUUUAGAUUAUCAGCUUAAAUAAGUUUAUGACAAAUGAUGUUUAUACACUAUAAUUUAUGUCUAUGGAAUUAUUCAAGUUCUUGACUUACAGAGAAACACUUCCAACGCC